AUGGAUAACUUAUUUGGUGAAAUUGAUUAUCGAUCAAACUCCGACUCUAUAGUGAUGAGACUUUUGAGAUCUGCCAUGGAUAAAGCUCACGAAAAGGUGCAAUCUAAGGAUGGACCUAUCGAGUUUUUACAUGAGAGAUCAAAAUUUUAUGAGUUGGCAGCUAUUCUUGUGGAGGGAGGUUUGAACAUUGUUCAAGAGAAGGCAGACGACGUGGAGGACAACCGGGACAAAAUCUUAUCAGAUUUGAUGGAAAUCAGACAAUGGCUCCAGGGACGGAUCAAAGAUAUGAAACAUCUGAUUGUAAAGAAAGAUAAAGAAUUGACAGAGAAGUUAGAAAACGAGUUGAAGCUUAGGCAUUCACUGGAGUUGAAAGAAAGAGAAAUUUUAUGUCUACACGAAAAAUUAGAGCCCGGAAGAAUGAAGACUGAGGGCUUACAGGAUUCCCUUAUAAGCAAUGAGGCAAUCAAGGAUCGAGCUAUAGAAGGGGAUAUUUGUGAGUUGAAGAAUUCAUUAGAUCAGCAGGUACUGAAUAUAAAGCAAAAACUGGAGGAUGAGCACAACAGUCUUAAAGUUGACUCGAAGAAAAUAACGUCCCAUGUUUCCAGUCCUGAUAUCUGCUCUGGAUUCACAGACGAGGAAAUACAUGGAAAUUCAGGUUUCAAAGAGAAGGAAUUUUUUUGGGAUGACAAAUUUUCCCGUAUACCUGAACCGAACACAUUGAUCAGGUGGAUGAGUUCAGACAUUGAUGAUUUGAAACAAACUUUGGAUCUUGCAUUUGGGAGAAUGCAGAGUACUGAAGUGCUCCCACUGGAGAAACAGUGGAGAUGGACCAUUGAGAAAGAUAUCGAAUCAAUCUUGGUAAAAGGCUUCACAAUCGAUCUCCAACAAAGUUUUGAAGGAGAAAUAACGAAAAGAAUUUGUCUCUUGAAAGAUAAUUUGUCAGAAUUCAUCAUUGAGAUGAGAACCAUAUGUUAUGAAUUGAAGUCUUGUUAUAUUAGUAAUGGGGUAGACGACGAAAGGCAGAAUAAGCAGAGCAAUUCAACUCCUCUCCAUCCUAUACGCAGAGCAACUAGUGAGCCUUUACUUGAUUACCUGGAAAAGUGGCCUGAGGAGCACAAAAAAGAUGAUGGAAGCCAUCGUAUACGGAAACCAUCCAAGUAUGAUGGAUAUUCUAAUAGCCUGGAAACGAGGAUAGAAGAUGCCAUAUCAAGAUUGGACAACCUUGUCAAAAGGAAACACAAUCUUGGAGAUAAAAAGGGUGUUUCAGACAGAUAUGGAGUUCAAGUGAGGAGGUUACCGAUGCCUGAUAGGAAAACUGAGACUAAAAAAAUCACCAGUUGCGAAAGCUUAAAACAAGAAAUUCGAAAACUUAAAACAGAGAGGAAUGACUUGUCUAUGCAGAUUUUAUUAAUGGAAGACACUAACCAAGUUCUUUUUCAAGGCCUUGUCGAAGAUGUUAAUACUAAAUUGUGUCUUUAUGACACUGUGAGACUAAUAGAGGAUAGACGCUCACUAAAGGAAUUUACCCAUUAUCACCAAAAUGCAUCUGCUCAAAGUAAUCAUGAUGAGGCUGAUGGUGAAUUCUACAAUUCAACCUCACCUAGAAUUUUGCGGCAUUACUUGGAGAGCUCAGUCAGGGAGGAUGUGUAUGUUGUCUUUAUUCAAAAAACAGUCGAGGAGUGGAAGAAAACUGUGGAACGCUUUACAGACGAGAGUAUUUCCCAGGAAGAGACAAAAGAGAAUGCCUCUGAUCAAGCAAUCAAAUAUACUGAUAGCAAUGCACCUCAGAUUCUGAACCAAAUUCAUACUCCCGAGCCCAUAACCAGUCCAUUAAAUGAAAUGUCUGAAUCAUGGCAGAUGGAAAGAGAUGCUUAUUCCCUUGAGAAUCUUAUUCGGGAAGAUAUUUAUCAUUUUAUCAUUAUUGAGGCUGUGAAAGAUUUGCACAUCCCUUUUAAAAGAUCAAAAUCAUUACUACAUCCUGAUUUUUCAGAAGACACACCUCGUUCUAGGAAAACUGAUGGAGAUGAAAGGUUCAUAGAGAAGUUAGAUUGUCUGACAAAAUGUUUGGAAGUAGAGGAAGACUUGAUGUUAAGAGCAAGUUCUGAAAUAAAGGCACAUGGUGCAAAAAAUGACCUUGAGGUCUUGGAUUGUGAAGAGGCAGAUGAGCGUAAUGCCAUUGAAUGGCUGUUGACAGACGAUGAAAGGACCUUCAGUUCAGUGGGUAAAAAACUAGAAGGGGCCUUGCAGCAAUUGCAGACAAGCAGAGAGUUGGUGGUAGAAUUGGAACAAAGUUUAGAAAUAUCUGAUGACAUGGAAGAAAACGACCAUGCUGUGCAACUAAACAACAUCUUGAAGAUUAAACACGAAGAACUUCAAAAGGGUAACAAUGAAUUUAUCGAGAUGAUCCCGUCUGAUAAUGUCUUGUCAAUUAUCAUACAACUUCAACAAGAACUCCAGGAUUUUGAGAUCACGAUAAACAAGAAUCUAGAUAUGAAAUGUCAAAGGCUAGAAGCAUUAACGGGUCAAGUGGAUGCAGUAAUCAAAGCAGUGGCUUCCAUCAGGAAAACAAAAUUACUCUACGAGAAGGCUUUUAUUUCGCGAUGUCAUAAUUUGAAACUAGCUGAAUCCGAGGUUGAUUUACUUGGAGAUCAAGUGGACACCCUCCUGCUGCUCCUUGAGAAAAUAUACAUUGAACUGAAUCAAAAUGCUAUUGUUUUGUCGCGCUACUUUGGGGUAAGCAAUUUUAGUGAUCUUGUAUGGUUUAAUGUCUAAUAGUUAGUCUAAUUUUCUUGUAAAGAU